AAGAAGCAAACCCUACACACUUCCUGUUCAGUUCAUUCCUUACAAGUCCUUGCGGGAUCAGUUCAUCAGAGAUUUAACAUUGCCUUUGAAGAGAGCCAUGAAAGAUGCUGGACUGGAGGUUGUUGGUACAGUGACAGAUGGGGAAUUCAAUUCUCUCAGAACACAAGGCGAAAGUGGUCCUCUCCACAUUUGGCAGUUGGUGCAUGAUGCCAAGGAAGCAGUGAGAAAAAUGUCAAAAACCACUCUGCAAUCUAUGCUUACAUAUGCUGGAGAGGAUGCAAAUGGUAUACCCUUUUCUACCACACCAAACUCUGCCAUUCCAACAGAUCUGAUUGGGAAAUUGCAUGAACUACAGAAUGGUGGCCUCUCUUUUGAGGAUGCAAUUGUGAACAUCCGAGGGUCACUGGUGCCAGAGGGGUACACACCAUAUCCAUUCAGAAAGGAUACCCCGGAGUCCUUCCUGGACAAGAUGAGGAGCAUUGUGGCCACUUUUAUUUAUAAAGAUGCGAUCAAAACCUUGAAGCAAGAGGGUAGGGACUUCACCCAACACCUGUAUGUUCCUGAGAAGGAUUCAGUCACUGGGAAAGAUCAUCAUGAGAGAGGUGACCAUAACCACUUACUGAAGAGAAUUGCUGGCUGCACAAGAGAAUGUCGUUACGAAGAGCUUAAUCCGGAAGCCUUUGACAAAGCCAUGAUCCACUAACAGGAUUAUCCCAUGCUGCUCUAACAGGUCAACGCCCACAAUCCGUAGAAGAUGCAGAGAGACUCUUAUCCUAUCAUGUUGCGGCCUCAAUGCAAAAGCAGGACUUUAACUUAGAAGCAGAGUAUGUGCAGACCAUAGCUGCCUGGCAUGAAGCUUCAGACGGAAGAGGGAUGAGCCAGCUAGAUCGCUGCAAAGCAAACCAUGAGAUGCUUAAUUACCUGUUGGAUCAGUUGAUGCCAUGGCACAAGGAGAGAUAUGAUUUCUCAACUCUCAACAUAAACAGACCAAUGGAUACAAUCAGGGGGUUCACCAGGGAAACUUUCAUAGAGAUUACGACAAAUAUUGAAAGUCAAGAAUACAGACGGAGGCAGAACAACAUCCUGGGGUAUCCUGAACACCCAAGGGCCGCCACAACAGAUGAUGUUGAAUGUUUUUUCAGCUUGACCAGGCGGCACCUUGGGGAUACCUUCACAGUGAAGGAAUUUCGCACUGGUUGGAGGAAACUGGUCAGAGAAUUCUCCAAAAGAAUUGACCCCGAUUUAAAAUUCCACUACUGGACACUUAACGAAAGAUUUCAUGUGGAACAAUCCCAAUUUGACGAAGGAACUGGUGACAAAAGACUUCAUGUUGUAAAACAUAAGUCUCGUGAGGACAGCUCUAUAUUCACGGCAGGACGGGCAUUCUUGCCAGCCAAGAACAAGCUGUCCAUGAGACAGAGACUUUUUCGAGUGGAUGUGGGACUACCACCAGUUCCCAAUGCAGUUCGCCAUAAAGAUUGAACAUUUUUAGAAGUUCCACUAUGAUUAAAAUUGAUGUGACCUAUUUUCUAAAUUCUAUAACCUAAAUUGAAUGAUUGAAAACCAUUGUUUCCCAAAGUAUGAUUUCAAUAUGACAUAUUGAACAUUUUGAUUAUUACAGAAUUGUGUUGUUUUAAAUU